UUUAGGCAGUGGUUCUGUACGCGUGUUUCUUUCUUGAGAUUUUUUUCCGGAAGAGAAGAACAAGAAGAAUCCAUAAGCAGUGAUUUUAUUUUUGAAAAAAAAAUCAUUCUAAUAGAUUGAUAGUUAAAUACUUCUCGAACGAUUUAUCAAUGAACCAACAGUUAGCGAAUGGUGAAUCAUAGGCUUUAGUGACACAAUCAAGAAUACUUCUCUGUGACAGUUUGAAAAUUAGUGAACAUAAGCUGUAGUAAUAUAAUGCCAGUGAAUGGAAGCAAUCGUCCACCUUGGUUAAAGGAUAGAGUUGAGACAGUGAACAAAAACGUACCACCUGCGUGGGCACGAAAGAAUUCGGCAACGACAGUGCCUGGUACCGAUUCCAACGAAAUAAAAUCUUCUAAUAUAGCGGAGAACAGCGCCAGCAAAAUGGCUCCGAUAGUAAAGAAACCAACUACUGCUGCUUCAGCGAUGGCAGCAUCUAAAGAAAAUGGUGAACCGCCGAAGACCUCCAAGUUACAAUCGAGAGAGAUCAAAGUUCCAGUUGUAGUUCAACAGAAAAAAACAGUACCACCACCUCUGAUAAAGGCGGAGCCAUUGACCAAAAAUAAUACUCCCCAAAUGACGGUCCUGCGGGAAUCUGCCAAAUCGAAACUAAAACCCAAAGAACCGUCACCAUCUGAAUCCGAAGAAGAAGAAGAAGUGGAAGAAGAAGAAGAAGAAGAGGAGGAAGAAGAGGAAGAUGGUAGCACCGAGUAUGAAACGGAAACAGAAUCCGAAGAAGAAUCUUCACCACCACCACCACCGGCGAAAAAAACUGAAUCAAAACGGGAACCCUCACCACCGAAACCGAAAAUUCCCAUUCAGUUGAAAAAGGUCUCUAGGAGUCCAGAGAAAACUGACGCCGAGAGUAAAUCCUGCAAAUCGGAAAAAUCUUCCUCUCCCGAACCAAAACCAUUCAUCAAACCGCCACUGAAGAAGGUGGUCCGGCCGCAACAGGAUGAGCGUAAGGAACGAUCACCAUCACCGGAGCCUAAGGGAUUCCGCGUACAACUGCGCAAGGUGCCAUCAAACUUGAAGGCACCACGAAUGAAGGAAAAACUACCGGAAGUGCAAUUAAAACGCGUAGAGAAGCCAUUACUCGAAGAAAAACCCAAGAAGGAGGAAGCUUAUCCACACAAACCAUCGAUGCUGAAGUCUGAGAGCAGUAAAAGAAUUCCACCGCCGCCUCCGAUGCCAAAAUCAAACAUCCCACCACCACCACCACCUCCACCACCCAAGCUGGGACCACCAUCGGACUUCAAGAAGGAGCAAGUAUCAGAAAAACAUAAGGAAAUGAUCGAGAAGUUGAAAAAGCGACCGCGCAGACGGCCAGACUGGUCCGACAUGAUGAAGGAAGUGGAGCAGGGUAAAAAGCUCCGUCACGUUGAAUGCAAUGAUAGAUCGAAACCGAUCGUACAUUGCAAAUCCAUCACCAAAGUCAAAGAUCAAUUUAUUUUUGAAACAGAGAAAGCAACCGCCCACAAUGUACUCCUGAAGGAGAUUCAAAGUGGGGUUCGACUAAAACCGACAAAAUGUAACGACCGCAGUAAACCCAUUUUGGAAGGACUACGCAAAUUUCGUCGACAAAUGACCUUGGAAGAGCAGCUGGCAAAAUCGGAAUCACGAGCAAAUUUGGAAGCACCCCCACCGGAAGAAGAUGAAGUUGACGAAAUGGACGACAUCGAUAAGGUGCGUGACGACCUGCAGAGUACAAAGCAACUUUGGGCGAUGGAGAUGCGUAACAACGAGGCACUUGAGCGCGAAAACAAACGGCUUUUGCAGCGGGUACAAAAUUUGGAGAGCGAACUAUCUCGAGAGCGGUGGAAUCCAAUGAGUGGCGAGGAGAAGAGCUCCAUUGCUGGACCUGAUGCUGAAUUGAUACAUUCGCUCAAGAAAGAAGCAGUCGAAGCACAACAGCAGUCCAAACACCUGGAGGAAAAAUAUCAAACGGUGGCCAAGGAGCUUGAUGCUGCUACAAAGCAGAGCGAAGAACAGAAGCGUAAAAUUGCAGAACUGGAGAAGAAACUUCAGAGCUUAACGGACGACGACUUCUAUUUGAAAGAAACUCAGAGCAUUACGGAUAUUACUCCACGCCGGGCAGCUGAGGCACCAAGUCAAAAAGAAAGUUCACCAGAGCUGGCGGCAGAUGAUGAGGAGGAAGAAGAAGAGGAAGAAGAUGAAGAGAAGAAGGCCGAAAAGGCUGCCAAAAGGUUGAACCGCGAAGUGAACAUGCUUUCCGCUCGACUGAUACGACUGAAGGAAAAGGAAGAAGAAAAACACGCCGAGAGGCAUGCCUUAAAAUAUGCCAUGAAGACUAACCAGUAUGCUCUGAAAAAUGAGCACAAAAAGUACAAAAAGCUUCAGAAGGAAGUUGAAAAAAUGGCAGCAAUGAUGAAGAUGGAAGACGAUGACGAUGGCGAGGAGACUAAGGAACAACCAGCAGAGGAGCCCGAGGAAGAGAUUGAAGAAGAGUCUGAGGAGGAAAGUGAAUCGGAAUCCGAAUCAGAAAGUGAUAAUGAAAGCGUAAAUGAGGCAGAUGACGCCCCGGAUGAAAAGAAGAAACUCAAUUUGGAACCGCGAGUGAAGCGACAUGAGAACCGGUUAGCUUCACUCAAGAAGGGCAAUUACUUUUUGCAAGCCAACGUAGAUCGGAUUAAGGAUGAAAUCAAUAAAACUAGGGAAAUGUGCUGCACUUUACAGGCCGAUCUGGAUUCUGUUAUUGCUGAUUUAGGAUAGUUUUAAUAUCAUUGUACUGUAUAUAAG